AUGAGACGUGCUUCUCGACGUCGAGUAUCUUAUGUUAUUACUCAUAAUAAAGAUGACCAUGGUCAUCUUUUAGGUAUUAAUUCUUUGGCUUUAGACACAACGACACUUAAUCCAGAGACUGGAAAACCAGAGGGAAUUCUUUACUCUGCUGGGCGUGAUGGUGUAAUAGCAUCUUGGGACUUGCACUUACCAUUUCGAGAUAAAAAGAAUAAGAAUAUCAAUGGAUCAAUUCAUAAAAGUAUUGAAAGCUUUAAUGAAAUUAAUGACAUGGGUGAUAUGCUUAAAAAAAAUUGGGAAAUCGAUGAUGUUGAUCUUACUUCACAAUCUCCUCCUCCUUCAACAUUUCGUCAAUCUUUCCAAAGCCAUACCGAUUGGGUCAAUGACAUAAUACUUUGUCAUAAUUGUGAAUCAU